AUGAAUGCAUUGUUCGAGUUGUCAGUGUACAACCACUCUAAUGGAACCUAUUAUGGGGGCAAAGAUAGCUGCAGUUCCACCGUGAAGAAGACGCACUCAAAGAAAAUGUGCUUGAUUCCUCUCGAAGUACUGAAAUCAUCUGAUUAUCUGGUUGAUGAUAGCUGUGUCGUUGGUGUAAGAAUAUUAAAAGCGAAUGUCUUUUCUCCUGAAAAGAAGCCUCUUGUGAUUUCAAAGAAGCAUAUCACGGUUCAGAACCUCUUCCUCCAGAAGAAAGAAUUCAUCAGAGGGACCUAUACCUGGACGAUGAGCAAUUACCUUGACUUGAAGCUCCUAGUCAACUCUCCUGCAUUUGAAGUUGGAGGACAUAAAUGGUAUGUCAACAUGUAUCCACUUGGUGAUAAGUACAGUACCAAGUCACUUUCUCUGUUUUUACACCUUCAUGAUCCAAAGGAGCUCCCUGAUCCUAAGUCUGGGAUGAUGAUUGAACUGACCCUAUCCAUCCUGGACGUGAAGCAUGGGAAACACUUCACCCGUCGCUUCGUGUUCGCAGCUGGAGACAAAGCUGGCUGGGGAUGGUCCAACUUUAUUCGACUCAAGACAUUCAAGGACCCAUCCAGAGGUUAUCUUCUGGGAUCGAACUGUGUUCUGAAGGCAGAUAUAACUAUAACUGGGUCAUCCAAUGACGGUUAGACCUUUUGAUAAUUUUAGGAACAAUGCCUUUGCAAACCUAGGAAUGGUGUCUUUGAUGCUUAUACAGGAUUGCUAUAUACGGUAGUAUUAUUAUUGGCUUUUCAUGAUCAUAUAAUAUAAUGGUUGAGAUGAACGCAUGCCAUGCAGAAUUUGUACACUUUAUCGGCAUGUGGAGUAAUAUUAUGUCGGACGAUAGUAAAGUUGGGA